UCGCGAGCGAACUCUAACCUCGCGUGUUACAGUGCUGUGAGACGUAGUGUCGUGUUUUUUUUCGUGCGUAAGGGCCCCAUGAAGCGGCUGUCAUGCGCAUAGCGGCACUGAUCGCACUCGUGCAGCUGUCGCUAGCUACAGCUGUUUCAGAUGACAUCAACACGCUCACAGCUGCUGAGCUGAACCUCCAGCUCUCAGGAGAGAAUGCCCUCUCUCCUUUCUUCUCCUACGAGAGCGAUGAGGAGGCAGGAGUCACCUUCGUGAGGGGAGCCAGGGCGGCCAGCGCCCUUGCCCCGGAGAUCGAGGUUCAAUGUUCUGGAGACUUCAUCGACGUGACGGUGGAGUUCCAAGACAUUUACGAUGGCAUCAUCUACAGCAAAGGAUUCUUGAGUGACCCGAAGUGCAAAUAUGUUUCACUCGGUGGAAGCCAGUCCCGGUACUCCUUCAGGGUGCCACUAAACGGCUGCGGGUCGCGCCCCCUCUGCAACGCUUGUGGGACCAUCGACAAUGUGCUAGUCUUCCAGGCUGAUGACUUCGUGCAGGGUCCCUUGGACUUCGCCAGAAAGGUAUCAUGCGCCAGGACUUCCCUCGAGGUAUCCACGGGCGUGGGCAGACGCGAGGAGUCCCACACCCUCAAGCUGAAGCCCUUCAUGGUGGACAUGUUAGAAGUGGUUGCUGUGGAAGGACCGGCCGGAGGCGUUGAGUGCUGGAUGGACAUUCAGAAGGGUGUCUUCCCCAAUACUUCUCCACUGACUGGCUCUAUCAAGAUUGGAGAGUUCCUGACCAUCCUGGUGUACCUGAAGGAUUCGAGGAAACAGUUCAACCUGAAGAUCCACGACUGCUGGGCGUACGACAGCGAGAAUUAUGACAGCCCUAGCACUAACAAGAUCCAGCUGACUGACAAAGAAGGAUGCCCCCAGAAAAAGAAGCUCAUCGACUUCUGGCAGAAGUCAACCAACACGGGAAAGAGUGGCGCUACGUUGAUUGCAUACAGCAAAGUCAGCGCUUUCCGCUUCCCAGAGACUGAUCAAGUGUACCUGACUUGUAACGUUGAGUUAUGUACAAAUAACUGCGAAGCGAACUGCGGAACGACACAAGAGAUAACGACAACAUUCAGACCUAGGUGUUACCCAGGCUCAACAGACCCCAGCUGUGGGGGAGUCACAGCGCCACCACAGAUUAAGUGCUACCCAGGAUCUACCGACCCCAGGUGCCCGAGCGUGACAGCACCGCCUACAGCGCCUAACUGCUACCCAGGCAGUACCGACCCUCGCUGUCCACGACCCACCACCCCUUCAGCUCCCAACUGCUAUCCAGGAAACACCGACCCACGCUGCCCUAGGCCUACCACGCCAUCCGUACCGAACUGCUACCCUGGCAGUAAUGAUCCUCGCUGCCCACGGCCUACAACAUCGGCUCCUAGCUGCUACCCGGGCAGCACUGACCCACGUUGUCCUCAGCCCACGACACAAGCACAGCCCAACUGCUAUCCUGGCAGCACGGAUCCACGAUGCCCUAAACCUACGACACCUGCACCGCCUAGGUGUUUCCCGGGCAGUAACGAUCCUAGAUGCCCAUCACCCACUACAUCUGGCCCAAGCUGUUACCCAGGGAGCACAGAUCCUCGUUGCCCGAGACCUACGACACCUAAACCAGUCUGCUACCCAGGAUCUCCGGACCCAAGCUGUCCUCAGCCGACACGUCAAACAACAUUAACACCACCAACAUAUUUACCACCAUCAACAGCAGCUCCGUCUUGUUACCCUGGUAGCACUGAUCCUCGGUGCCCCAAACCAACUACGCCUGCGGCUCCUAACUGUUACCCUGGCAGCACAGAUCCUCGUUGUCCUAAGCCGACAACGCCAGCACCACCUAACUGCUAUCCUGGAUCUACGGAUCCUCGUUGCCCCAAACCAACGACACCUUCAGCGCCUAACUGCUACCCUGGUAGCAGUGAUCCUCGUUGCCCCAAACCAACGACACCGUCAGCGCCUAACUGCUACCCUGGCAGCACGGACCCACGUUGUCCUAAACCUACUACGCCAGCACCACCUAACUGCUACCCUGGAUCUACGGAUCCUCGUUGCCCCAAACCAACUACGCCUGCGCCUCCUAACUGCUACCCUGGUAGCACUGAUCCUCGUUGCCCCAAACCAACAACACCUUCAGCGCCUAACUGCUACCCUGGCAGCACGGACCCACGUUGUCCUAAACCUACUACGCCAGCACCACCUAACUGCUAUCCUGGAUCCACAGAUCCUCGUUGCCCCAAACCUACUACGCCUGCGCCUCCUAACUGCUACCCUGGUAGCAGUGAUCCUCGUUGCCCCAAACCAACGACACCUUCAGCGCCUAACUGCUACCCUGGCAGCACGGAUCCUCGUUGCCCUAAACCAACUACGCCUGCGCCUCCUAACUGCUAUCCUGGUAGCAGUGAUCCUCGUUGCCCCAAACCAACGACACCUUCAGCGCCUAACUGCUACCCUGGCAGCACGGACCCACGUUGUCCUAAACCUACUACGCCAGCACCACCUAACUGCUACCCUGGAUCUACGGAUCCUCGUUGCCCCAAACCAACUACGCCUGCUGCUCCUAAAUGCUACCCUGGUAGCACAGACCCACGGUGUCCACGACCAACCUCGCCUAAACCAGUCUGCUAUCCUGGCUCACCAGACCCCAGCUGCCCUCAACCACCUCGCCCAACAACGCUUACCCCUCCUACAUAUUUACCACCUUCCACUACGCCUGAAGCACCUAAAUGCUACCCAGGCAGCACUGAUGCACGAUGCCCGAGACCAACUACACCAGCUCCACCAAGAUGCUACCCUGGAAGUACAGAUCCUCGCUGCCCUCGACCAACAACACCUGAAGCUCCUAAAUGCUACCCAGGUAGCACUGAUGCUCGUUGUCCAAGACCAACAACACCUGCACCUCCGAACUGCUACCCUGGAAGCAAUGAUCCACGGUGUCCGAAACCAACUACGCCGUCAGCUCCUAACUGCUACCCUGGAUCUACUGAUCCUCGGUGCCCAAAACCAACUACGCCUGCACCACCUAACUGUUACCCCGGUUCUUCGGAUCCUCGUUGUCCUAAACCAACUACGCCGUCCGCUCCUAACUGCUACCCCGGAUCUACUGAUCCUCGGUGCCCCAAACCAACUACGCCUGCACCACCUAACUGUUACCCCGGUUCUUCAGAUCCUCGUUGUCCUAAACCAACUACACCAGCACCACCGAAUUGCUAUCCUGGAUCCACUGAUCCUCGUUGCCCUAAACCAACUACUCCUGCACCGCCUAAUUGUUACCCUGGCAGCACAGACCCACGCUGCCCUAAACCAACGACACCUGCGCCACCUAGAUGCUUCCCAGGAUCGAAUGACCCACGGUGUCCUAAACCAACUACACCAUCACAACCUAAUUGCUAUCCAGGUAGCACCGAUCCUAGGUGUCCAAAGCCAACUACGCCUGCCCCACCAAAUUGCUACCCUGGCAGCACUGAUGCACGUUGUCCUAAACCAACAAGUCCUAAACCAGUCUGCUAUCCAGGAUCACCUGACCCAAGCUGUCCUCAACCACCAAGGCCAACUACCUUAACACCUCCUACUUACUUGCCUCCAUCCACAGCUACACCAAAAUGCUACCCUGGUAGUACUGACCCUCGGUGUCCAAAGCCCACUACACCAGCCCCACCGAACUGCUAUCCUGGAAGCAACGAUCCUCGUUGCCCUAAGCCUACAACUCCUGCCCCGCCAAGGUGCUUCCCAGGCAGUACCGACCCUCGUUGCCCGAAACCUACCACACCAGCAGCUCCAAACUGCUACCCUGGAUCCACAGAUCCUCGUUGCCCUAAACCAACUACUCCUGCACCACCAAAUUGUUACCCAGGAAAUACAGACCCAAGAUGCCCUAAGCCUACUACGCCAGCACCACCUAACUGUUACCCCGGUAGCAAUGAUCCUCGUUGCCCUAAACCUACAACUCCAGCGCCACCUAGAUGCUUCCCUGGCAGCACGGACCCUCGCUGCCCACAGCCAACGACCCCGGCCCCACCUAGGUGCUUCCCUGGCAGCACGGAUCCUCGCUGCCCUCAACCUACUACACCAGCCCCGCCUAGAUGCUACCCUGGCAGCAACGACCCACGAUGCCCUAAGCCAACGACACCGGCUCCACCAAAUUGCUACCCUGGCAAUAAUGAUCCUCGUUGUCCAAAACCUACUACUCCGGCACCGCCAAACUGUUACCCCGGAAACACAGACCCACGUUGCCCUAAACCCACUACACCUCAACCUUUGAAAUGCUAUCCAGGUAGCACAGACUCUAGAUGUCCCCGGCCUACGACACCAGCGCCACCUAAUUGUUUCCCUGGCAGCACAGACCCGCGCUGUCCUAAACCCACUAGUCCCAAACCUGUUUGUUACCCAGGAUCACCUGACCCAAGCUGUCCUCAACCACCAAGGCCAACUACCUUAACACCUCCUACAUAUUUACCACCCUCUACAGCAACACCAAAAUGCUACCCAGGCAGCACUGACCCUCGCUGCCCCAAGCCUACUACUCCUGCACCUCCUAACUGUUACCCCGGAAGCAAUGAUCCUCGUUGCCCUAAACCUACAACUCCGGCCCCUCCCAGGUGCUUCCCAGGAAGUACUGACCCCCGUUGUCCCAAGCCUACUACACCAGCUCCACCAAACUGUUAUCCUGGAAGCACUGAUCCAAGGUGUCCCAAACCAACUACUCCUGCACCACCAAACUGCUACCCCGGUAGCAAUGAUCCUCGCUGCCCUAAGCCUACGACUCCUGCCCCUCCUCGUUGCUUCCCAGGCAGCACAGACCCUCGCUGCCCACAGCCAACGACCCCGGCCCCACCUAGGUGCUUCCCUGGCAGCACGGAUCCUCGCUGCCCUCAACCUACUACACCAGCCCCACCUAGAUGCUACCCUGGCAGCACGGACCCCCGCUGUCCCAAGCCUACAACUCAAGCGCCUCCUAACUGUUACCCUGGUAGCAAUGAUCCACGAUGCCCUAAGCCUACUACCCAGGCGCCUCCAAAUUGCUACCCAGGCAACAAUGAUCCGCGUUGUCCUAGACCCACCACGCCAGCCCCACCUAAAUGCUAUCCUGACUCGACAGAUUCUCGCUGUCCUAAACCAACAACCCCCAAACCGGUUUGUUACCCAGGUUCACCCGACCCUAGCUGUCCUCAACCACCAAGGCCAACUACCUUAACACCUCCUACUUACUUGCCUCCAUCCACAGCUACACCAAAAUGCUACCCUGGUAGUACUGAUCCUCGUUGUCCAAAACCAACGACACCGUCCCAGCCAAACUGCUAUCCUGGAAGCUCAGACCCUCGAUGCCCCAAACCAACUACUCCGGCUCCACCUAGAUGCUUUCCUGGUAGCACAGAUCCUCGUUGCCCUCAGCCUACGACACCAGCUCCACCUAGGUGCUUCCCUGGAUCUACUGACCCUCGCUGUCCCAAACCAACUACUCCUGCGCCUCCUAACUGCUUCCCUGGUAGUACGGACCCACGUUGCCCCAAACCUACAACGCCCGCGCCUCCUAACUGUUUCCCAGGAAAUAAUGACCCUCGUUGCCCCAAGCCCACAACUCCCGCGCCUCCUAACUGUUAUCCAGGAAACAAUGAUCCUAGAUGUCCCAAACCAACAACCCCCGCACCACCAAGAUGUUAUCCUGGCAGCACAGAUUCCCGCUGCCCAAAACCAACUACUCCAGCUCCACCGAACUGCUAUCCUGGAAACACUGACCCCAGAUGCCCAAAACCGACAACGCCUGCCCCACCCAAUUGUUUCCCAGGAAAUAACGACCCACGUUGCCCAAGGCCUACGACACCUGCGCCCCCGAAUUGUUUCCCUGGAAGCACAGACCCUCGUUGCCCCAAGCCUACAACUCCUGCUCCACCAAGAUGCUACCCAGGCAGCACGGACCCACGUUGUCCAAAACCUACAACUCCUCAGCCGACAAAACUAGUCUGCUACCCAGGAUCACCUGAUCCCAGCUGUCCCCAACCACCAAGACCCACAACUUUGACUCCUCCCACAUACCUACCACCUUCGACAGCUUCACCUAAGUGCUUCCCAGGUAGCACAGAUCCUCGCUGUCCAAAGCCUACGACACCAGCACCACCAAAUUGCUACCCUGGCAACACAGAUCUUCGAUGCCCAAAACCAACUACUCCAGCUCCGCCUAGAUGCUUCCCUGGCAGCACAGAUCCUCGCUGCCCUCAGCCUACCACUCCUGCUCCACCCAGGUGCUUCCCUGGAUCUACUGACCCUCGUUGUCCCAAACCAACUACUCCUGCUCCUCCUAACUGUUACCCAGGUAACACCGAUCCCCGUUGUCCUAAACCCACUACUCCUUCUGCACCAAACUGUUACCCAGGCAACACUGAUCCGCGGUGCCCCAAGCCUACUACUCCUGCGCCUCCUAACUGCUUCCCUGGUAAUAACGACCCAAGAUGUCCAAAGCCUACCACGCCGGCUGCUCCUAAUUGUUACCCAGGCAACACCGAUCCUCGUUGCCCCAAACCAACAACCCCCGCACCACCAAGAUGUUAUCCUGGCAGCACAGAUUCACGAUGCCCCAAGCCUACUACCCCGGCUCCACCUAAAUGCUUCCCUGGGUCAACAGACCCACGUUGUCCUAAACCAACUACUCCUAAACCCGUCUGCUAUCCAGGCUCACCCGACCCUAAAUGUCCUCAACCACCAAGGCCUACCACAUUGACACCUCCAACAUAUUUGCCACCGUCUACGGCUACACCAAAAUGCUUCCCUGGUAGUGCGGACCCACGUUGCCCCAAGCCUACAACGCCCGCGCCUCCUAACUGUUUCCCAGGAAAUAAUGACCCUCGUUGCCCCAAGCCUACAACUCCAGCUCCCCCUAACUGUUAUCCAGGAAACAAUGAUCCUAGAUGUCCAAAACCAACGACACCAGCUCCACCCAGAUGCUACCCAGGAUCUACUGAUCCUCGCUGCCCUAAACCAACAACCCCUGCACCUCCUAACUGCUUCCCCGGUAAUAAUGAUCCUCGGUGCCCCAAGCCCACAACUCCAGCUCCCCCUAACUGUUAUCCAGGAAACAAUGAUCCUAGAUGUCCAAAACCAACGACACCAGCUCCACCCAGAUGCUACCCAGGAUCUACUGAUCCUCGCUGCCCUAAACCAACAACCCCUGCACCUCCUAACUGCUUCCCCGGUAAUAAUGACCCUCGUUGCCCCAAGCCUACAACGCCCGCGCCUCCUAACUGUUAUCCAGGAAGCAAUGAUCCUCGUUGUCCAAAACCAACGACACCAGCUCCACCCAGAUGCUACCCAGGAUCUACUGAUCCUCGCUGCCCCAAACCAACAACUCCUGCACCUCCUAACUGCUUCCCCGGUAAUAAUGACCCGCGAUGCCCCAAACCAACGACUCCAGCACCACCAAGGUGUUAUCCAGGAUCAACUGACCUACGUUGUCCGAAACCUACAACUCCUCAGCCAACAAAACCAGUCUGCUACCCAGGUUCACCUGACCCGAACUGCCCACAACCUUCAAGACCAACUACAUUGACACCUCCCACUUACUUACCACCUGCGUCUCCUGAGCCUAAAUGUUACCCUGGCAGCAAUGAUCCUCGUUGCCCCAAACCCACAACACAAGCUCCUCCUAGAUGCUACCCUGGAUCUACAGAUCCUCGUUGCCCGAAAGUAACUACACAAGCACCACCUAACUGCUACCCAGGAAGCACUGAUCCUCGUUGUCCUAAACCAACAACGCAAGCCCCACCUAGAUGCUACCCUGGCUCAGACGAUCCUCGUUGUCCAAAACCGACAACCCAGGCUCCACCUAACUGCUACCCCGGAAGCAAUGACCCACGGUGCCCCCGUCCAACAACCCAGGCACCACCUAACUGUUACCCAGGAAGCACAGAUCCUCGUUGUCCAAAACCGACAACCCAGGCUCCACCUAACUGCUACCCCGGUAGCAAUGACCCACGGUGCCCCCGGCCAACCACCCAAGCCCCACCUAACUGCUAUCCAGGCAGCAAUGACCCUCGCUGCCCCAAGCCCACUACACAAGCCCCGCCUAGAUGCUAUCCAGGAUCAACUGACCCACGUUGUCCUAAACCCACAACACCUCAACCAACUAAACCCGUCUGCUACCCAGGUUCACCUAACCCUAACUGUCCUCAACCAUCAAGACCAACUACAUUAACUCCUCCCACUUACUUGCCACCUGCGUCUCCUGAGCCUAAAUGCUAUCCAGGAAGCACAGAUCCUCGUUGCCCGAAACCAACUACACAAGCUCCUCCUAGAUGCUACCCUGGCUCUAACGAUCCUCGCUGUCCAAAACCGACAACCCAGGCCCCACCUAACUGCUACCCUGGCAGCAAUGACCCGCGAUGCCCCAAGCCUACGACUCAGUCCCCACCUAACUGCUACCCAGGCAGCAAUGAUCCACGUUGCCCCAGGCCUACCACUCAAGCUCCUCCUAACUGCUACCCCGGCAGCAAUGACCCACGAUGCCCCAAACCUACCACUCAAGCUCCUCCUAACUGCUACCCAGGCAGUAAUGACCCUAGGUGCCCCAGGCCAACAACUCAGGCCCCACCUAACUGCUACCCUGGCAGCAAUGACCCACGAUGCCCCAGGCCAACCACUCAGGCACCUCCAAGGUGUUACCCUGGCUCCACUGACCCCCGCUGUCCAAAACCGACAACACCCCGACCCACAACACCUAGCUCUUGUUACCCAGGCUCUAAAGACCCUAAAUGCCCACAGCCCUACGCUCCUAGCAGUACAAAUCCACCUUCCACCUAUCUGCCACCGUUCCCCGUUGAUAACGAGAUAAGGUCGUCUAGAACUGGCAGAUUAGCUUCCAAUGAUGUAGAUUUCUAUGAAGAUGGCGCUCAAACUGACGCAGACAACUUUGAAUUCGCCAGAACUAAGCCCAGAAGUAGAAAAGCGAGAGAUGUCAGUCAUCUCAGCAACGACAUUGCACAGCCUGCCAGUGGGUCGUCAGUCGUCUACCUGAUUGUAGGCUCAGCAGUCUUCAUGGUGCUGUCAGUAUCCCUUGCCAUUUACGCAUUCAACAAACGCAGGCAUAUGUCAGUCAAACCAACUGUCAACGCUCAAACUCUUUGUUAAAUAUUUGUACAGUAACGUUAAGGUUAUGGUUAAUAUUGUGAUAUUAUAAUAAUGAACCUUUUAUUUGCAAUACAUGCUUGCAAACUUUUUUGUGAAAAGGUUUACUAUCACUGCCUUAUUAGCUUUAUAAAUCCAGGCGCUUUUUAUUCGCAUGCCUAUUUUAUAUAUGUAUAAAAUAGUGCCAUAAUAUAACUUGAUGCAGUCUCGAAAUUAUAUUGAUAUGUAAUUAUAUUCCCUAGUCAAAAUAAAUAUUUAUGUACAUAUAAACAGAAAUGUAUAAACCUGUAUUCGGUGAUUAAUAUGUAUAAAUCAUACUUGUUUGUGAUAUUUUU